GGGGUGGGGUUUGCUACCCCGUAGGCUUUUCAUCUCUCUCCUCUCUCUUCUUCCAAAAGUCUCUUUGACCAUCGCCUCCAGCAGCGUUCCUUCUUCCCUCCUUCCUUCUACCUUCUUCAUACUGUGUAAUGAUUUCACACUUUCCUCUCUUAUGAUAAUAACCUCUCUUUUUCUAUUUAUCCGUGUUCUUUGUUUCACAUGACCAUUAACAGUGAUCUUUCUUGAAAGAAAUCUGAAUCUUUGACAAGGGUUUGGAUCCUUUUGAUAUCUGGAAAUGGGCAUCUGUUUUUCCUCCACCAAAGUUAGUGGUUCCAAUAGCAACACCCCUUCAACUACCGCGAACAACCACCAGCACCACCGUCCCGGAAAUGACUGCACUGCCAGUAAGCAAGCCUCCACCACCACCACCACCAGCGUUGCGUCAAGAAAACAAGGGGUUUCUCAUUAUAAAACAAAAGAAGGUAAUAGGAAUCAACAAAAGUGGAAUAUUCCACAUAUUGCUAAGAAUAGUUCAAAAAGGCCAGGUGGAAUCAUCCCUUGUGGGAAAAGAACAGAUUUUGGGUAUGAUAAAGAUUUUGAUAGUCGGUAUACUAUUGGGAAAUUAUUGGGUCAUGGCCAAUUUGGUUAUACAUAUGUUGCAAUUGAUAAGUCAAAUGGAGAUCGUGUUGCUGUGAAGAAAAUCGAGAAGAAAAAGAUGGUUCUUCCCAUUGCUGUAGAGGAUGUCAAGCGAGAAGUCAAGAUAUUGAAAGCUUUAGCUGGUCAUGAGAAUGUUGUUCAGUUCCAUAAUUCAUUUGAGGAUGAUUCUUACGUGUACAUAGUAAUGGAGUUAUGCGAGGGUGGUGAAUUGCUGGACCGCAUUUUGUCAAAAAAGGACAGCCGUUACACAGAGAAAGAUGCGGCAAUCAUUGUAAGGCAAAUGCUAAAAGUUGCAGCUGAGUGUCAUUUGCAUGGUUUAGUACACCGUGACAUGAAGCCCGAGAAUUUUCUAUUCAAGUCACCAAAAGAUGAUUCGUCAUUGAAGGCUACAGAUUUUGGUCUUUCAGACUUCAUUAGACCAGGAAGGAAAUUCCAAGAUAUUGUUGGGAGUGCAUACUAUGUCGCUCCAGAGGUGUUGAAGCGUAAGUCAGGCCCUGAAUCUGACGUGUGGAGUAUUGGUGUAAUCACUUACAUUUUGCUCUGUGGCCGGCGCCCUUUCUGGGACAAAACUGAGGAUGGCAUAUUUAAAGAGGUUCUAAGAAACAAGCCUGACUUUCGGCGAAAACCAUGGCCAAGCAUAAGCAAUGCAGCUAAAGAUUUCGUGAAGAAGUUAUUGGUGAAAGAUCCUCGUGCCAGGCUUACUGCAGCCCAGUCAUUGUCACAUCCAUGGGUUCGAGAAGGAGGUGAAGCUUCCGAGAUUCCAUUAGACAUAUCUGUUCUAAACAACAUGCGGCAGUUUGUGAAAUACAAUCGAUUGAAACAGUUUGCCCUUCGGGUAUUGGCUAGCACACUUGAUGAGGAGGAGCUGUCUGAUCUCCGAGAUCAGUUUGAUGCAAUUGAUGUGGACAAAAAUGGCUCCAUUAGUCUCGAGGAAAUGAGACAGGCACUUGCGAAAGAUCUUCCUUGGAAAAUGAAAGACUCUCGUGUUCUUGAAAUUCUUCAGGCGAUUGAUAGCAAUACCGAUGGGCUUGUAGAUUUCUCAGAGUUCGUUGCAGCUACCUUGCAUGUUCAUCAGUUGGAGGAACAUAACUCGGAAAAGUGGCAGCAAAUGUCACGGGCUGCUUUUGAAAAAUUUGAUGUUGAUGGAGAUGGCUUUAUAACCUCAGAGGAGCUUAAAAUGCAUACCUGCCUACGGGGUUCAACAGACCCUCUUCUAGAAGAAGCAGACAUUGACAAAGACGGGAAGAUAAGCUUAUCGGAAUUCCGGAGGCUUUUAAGAACUGCAAGCAUGAGUUCACGAAACGUGACUAGCUCAUCUGUAAAUCGAGGUUAACUGGAAAAUAUAGUUUUUAAUAGCGGGGUUAUGAAAGUCUGAUAAUAAUGAAUGUCAUGUUGAGUUCCUUUCUCAAUGUGAAUCGUCUCUCAUCUGCUCUUCUGUACUAUGAUGUUUGUAUCCUUCCCAGAAUUGACAGAUACCUUGUAUGUCUUGCUUUGGUUCUCUAGAGGGAGAGGGAGAGGGAGAUUGGUUACUGGACGGGGUUGCAUUAUUGUACUUGCUUCCGUACUGUCAUAGGCAAGACGGCAAAUGAAAAAACGAUUUCAGAUUUCCUGCUUAUUGCUUAAAACGUUUUUCAGCUCA